UAUCCUCUCCUCCUACCUGCUGCUAUUUAAGCAUGGAGGAGGCCCUGCAAUUUUAGGACUAUUCUUUGUUAUUAGGAGUUGUUCACUUGUUCUUCAAGACAGAGUCGACUGAGAGGAUCUACCGAUCGAUCCCUGAAGAAGGACAAUGGGGAUGACAUUCUCGUUUCCCAUUGUAGGUUGCGAUGUCAUUAGUAGAGGCUUGGAAGCUCUCCUCAUUUUAGGCAGCAAUUUUAACGGCCUUACUGGAAGCGACAUGGAUCUUCCCCCUGAGCCAGGCAAAUUUAGAAGCCCUCACGAUCUCCAAAUUAGGAAGCCUGGUCAUUUGAGGAAGAGGUCCCUGGAUUCCAUCUUGAUUCAACCUGACAGCCCCAAGCAUGAGGCUGCCGUGAAGCUACAGAAGGUCUACAAAAGCUUCAGGACAAGGAGACAGCUCGCGGACUGCGCAGUUCUGGUGGAACAGCGCUGGUGGAAGUUACUCGAUUUCGCGCUGCUCAGGCGGAGUUCGGUGUCGUUUUUCGAUAUCGACAAACAGGAAUCUGCGGUUUCUCGAUGGUCCAGGGCGAAAUCCAGAGCUGCUAAGGUCGGGAAGGGUUUGUCGAAGGAUGGGAAAGCUCGGAAACUUGCUUUGCAGCACUGGCUUGAGGCAAUCGAUCCGCGACAUCGUUACGGCCACAAUCUCCAAUUCUACUAUGAUUGUUGGCUUCAGAGUGAGAGCAUGCAGCCCUUCUUCUACUGGCUUGAUGUCGGAGAGGGGAAGGAGGUCAACCUCGAGCAGCAAUGCGCUCGAUCGAAGCUUCAACAGCAAUGCAUCAAGUAUCUUGGCCCUAAAGAAAGGGAAGCUUAUGAAGUUAUUAUCGACGACCGAAAAUUUGUAUACGAGCAGAGCAGGCAAGUUUUAGACACAAGUGAUGGCCCAAAAGGUGUUAAGUGGAUUUUCGUCUUGAGCACAUCGAAGAAAUUGUAUGUUGCUCAGAAGAAGAAAGGCACAUUUCAGCACUCUAGUUUUCUCGCCGGGGGAGCUACAUCGGCUGCCGGACAAUUAGUAGUAGAGAAUGGAGUGCUGAAGGCUGUGUGGCCUCAUAGCGGCCAUUACCGUCCGACGGAGAAGAACUUCCAAGAGUUCAUGAGCUUUCUUGAAGAAAACAAUGUGGAUCUUACUGAAGUUAAGAAAAGUCCAACUGAAGAGGAUGGAGAACUCUGCAUUAGGCUAAGGCACAGCCGAUCAGAACUCAACUUGGCCGAGCUAAAUGUUGCUUUGGGUGAAGCCUCUCCAGAUGGUACAAAGUUUGGAGAAGAAAAACCAGGAGCAUCACUUGGCAUCAGCGAUCUCGAUAAGCCUAUAAUUAUCGAUCGCAGUAAAGAGAGUGAAGAAGAGAUGGACGAGUCUAAACUUAGUGUCAAAGAGCCAAACAGGGACUCUUCUUGCACAGAGGAUGAACACACCCUCACAUCAUCAGAGUUUAAUUUUCGAAGGAUAAACUCAAAAAGGGUCAUUAGAUCAUAUCAAUUGGGUAAAAAGCUCUCUUGUAAGUGGACAACCGGUGCAGGACCCCGAAUCGGAUGCGUGCGGGAUUAUCCCUCGGAGCUACAAUUCCGAGCUAUGGAAGAAGUAAAUCUAUCGCCGAGAAAUUUCAGUAGGUCAAGGUUGGAUACUGAUACACCCCAGUUUUGAAUUGUUUUGUUUCUAUACAAAAGAAAAGAGUAUUCAAUUCAUUUAUUUUGUGGUCUCUAGAGAAAUAGCUAGCACAACUGAAACUGUAUCAAAACUUAGAUGUAUCAACAGAAGUCAAUAGCAUCCCUUCAAUAAACUAGUUCAAAAUUCCUAUGA